GUUAAUUCAGCAAUGUGUACGGACAAUCAGACUGAUGUCACCGAGAUCCUACUGCUGGGUUUCCAUGAUAUAAAUAAUUCUAAAAUUCCACUUUUCAUUCUAUUCCUCUUAAUCUACAGUGUGAUAUUAUUUGGAAACUUCAUCAUCAUCUUCCUGGUGACAUUUAAUGAGAACCUUCAGAUCCCCAUGUUCUUCUUUCUGAAACAUUUAGGGUCAGCAGAUAUUCUGCUCACAACUAACAUUGUUCCCAUGAUGUUACAUGUCAUAGUAAAUGAAGAAAUGAUUAUAACUCUAGUUGGUUGUCUUUGUCAGCUUUAUUUCUUUGGUGUUUCUGGAUUCGUGCAAUGUUUUCUUCUUGCAGUAAUGUCCUAUGAUAGAUAUCUUGCUGUCUGUUACCCACUGCAUUAUCUUUCAAUCAUGAGGCCCAAUGUCUGUCUCCAGUUUGUUGUAGGGUGUUGGAUAUUAGUGUUUGUAAUAACAACAACUGGACUUAUUUUGGUAUGCCAAUUGCAUUUCUGUGGCUUUAACCAAGUUGACCAUUUUUUCUGUGAUUUUGGCCCAGUUGUUGCUCUUUCUACUUCAGACACAUCUGUAGUAACAAUGUAUGAUUUUAUAAAUUCAAUCCCUACUAUUUCUGUGCCAUUUGUUUUCAUCAUUGGAACCUAUGUGCACAUCUUCAUAACAAUCCUCAGGAUGAAUUCCAAGACUGGAAAACAGAAGAUGUUCUCCACCUGCAGCUCACACCUAACUGUUGUGUGCACAUAUUAUGGGACUCAGAUCAUAGUUUAUAUGGGUCCAACUGGAGGAAAGUAUGCUAUCAUGAAAAAGUUCCUUUCUCUUUUGUAUAUUGUUAUCACUCCAUUUAUGAAUCCCAUCAUCUACAGUUUGAGCAAUAAGGAGAUCAGAGAAUCUCUGAAGAAAUAUAUUAAGGUGAAGUAGGCAUGUAUGUCAACAAAUAACUGUGAGAGAAA